AUGCCGGCGAAACGCAAACUUUCUACCGUGGCCAUCGAAAGCUCGUCCGCCGUGGAGAUUGAGUCGUCUCCCCGCAAAAAAGCUCGAGCUGUUCGAGUCUCGAAAACCAAGUCGGUGUCCGUUGCCAUUCGUGACAAAGUCGACAGUCCUUGGAAAGUUGGAGCCCAUGUCUCCGCAGCGGGAGGACUCGAGAACGCCGUGAAGAACGCCGUCCAGAUAGGCGCACUCUCGUUCGCGCUCUUCGUCAAAUCCCAGCGCAAGUGGACAUCACCCGCCCUGACCGCGUCGACCAUCCUAGCAUUCAAGACCGCCAUGCUCGAGCACGGGUACGACGCGAAGCAUGUUUUGCCCCACGGCAGCUACCUCAUCAAUCUUGGAAACCCAGACGCAGACAAGCGGAAGAAAUCUUUUGACUGCUUCCUUGAUGACCUGCAACGAUGCGAGAGCUUGGGUCUCCAGCUAUACAAUUUCCACCCAGGUUCGACCGUGGGCGAGGCCACGAUAGAGGAGUCCAUCUCUCUCAUCGCCGGUUGUAUCAACGACGCACACCGGGCCACCCAAAGUAUCGUCACCGUUUUGGAGAACAUGGCGGGGGCCGGGAACAUCAUCGGGGGCGACUUCCGGCAUCUAGCAGAGAUCAUCCGUCAGGUUGAAAACAAGUCUAGAGUGGGAGUUUGUUUGGACACAUGCCAUAUGUUUGCCGCAGGAUACGAUCUCCGAUCCAAGGAGGGCUGGGAUAAGAUUGUCAGAGACUUUGACGAGCAAGUCGGUCUUCCCUACGUCCGCGGGAUGCAUCUGAAUGAUUCGAAAACGGCGCUUCACUCCAAGAAGGAUCGCCACGAAAAUAUCGGCCUAGGUCACAUCGGCCUCGAGGGUUUCCGCUAUAUCCUCAAGGACACUCGCUUUCAGGACAUCCCUCUCAUUCUAGAAACACCGAGCGCCGAGGAUCCAGCGGUAUGGGCGACGGAAAUAACGACAUUGCAUUCCCUCUCUGGUUCUUCGGGAGAGAUAGCAGAAUUGGAGCCUCUGAUAGAUGCGCUCAAAGAGGUUGUCAAGAGCGCCGGGUCGAAAGGCAAGAAGACAGCAGGUGGAAAAAAAGCGACGUCGGCUAAGAAAGGACGUGGCAAGCCUGCAGGCGACUCUCCAGACAGUGCAGAUGGUGUGGAUGGAGAUGAUUGA